AUGGCUCCCAUCAAUUCUCCCCUCGUGGCUCGUGCUCCAGACGGAUGCCCCAGUACAAUUUCCGCCGGUGGAAUCGCUGGAAUCGUCAUCGGCUCAAUAGCAGGUACCCUGCUCGUCCUAUGGCUGUGGCGUGUUUGCAGACUGCCCGGUGCCUGGAGUGGCGGUGGAGAGCCAGAUGUUGGCUACCGUCCUCCGGUGACUCGUACCUCCAGCAACCGCAGAAGACGGCGCAGUCAUGGCGCAUAUGUGGACUAUGUUGAGAAAUCGCCUUCGCGCCGGUAUCGUGAUGAUGUGCGGCGGCCGCAGAAGGUGUACAUUGCCGAGUGA